CCACUGUGAGAAAGGUCUGCUUGCAGGACUCUGCCUCUUUCAUGAUGGAUACUGUAAUAUAGCAUUGAUGAAAAAUGAUUGGACCAGUUGGGGCUGUCCUAAAAUGAGAUUCUGUGGCCUUAAAACAGGCGCAGAUGAUGAUCCUCCAAAAUCCCUUUCAAAGCAAAAGUCUUAAGAUGAGUCAGAACUGAGCAACUGUGCUUUCUUUCAUUGCCAGCACUCAGACCCGACUACUCAGAGCGCUCAGAAGAAAAGGAGGAAGCGGAGUGAGAGCAGCGCUGUGGCAGUCCAUCUACUCAGCGGAAGGACAAGAUAACCAAUACCCUAGCAAACUACUGAAAACUAAUCAUCAACAAGUCUGCAACUCCUCUACUCGGAGCAACACACGAUAGACGACUUUGGUCACCUUAGAAACGCCGUUUUUUUUGCACCAACAACUCCCGUUGGUUAAUUAGAGUAAACAUAAAGACAGCUGCACAGAUAGUCGGAGAAUGGCAGACUCGGCGGCGGCCAACAGCGACGGGGAGGACGGACCCCGCCAGCCCAUGCGAGGCUUCGCGCGCCAGGGAGCCCUCCGCCAGAAGAACGUGCACGAGGUGAAGGACCACAAAUUCAUCGCGCGCUUCUUCAAGCAGCCCACCUUCUGCAGCCACUGCACCGACUUCAUCUGGGGUUUUGGCAAGCAGGGAUUCCAGUGUCAGGUGUGUUGUUUCGUGGUUCACAAACGCUGCCAUGAGUUUGUCACUUUCUCCUGUCCAGGAGCUGAUAAAGGACCUGCAUCAGAUGACCCGAGGGCUAAACAUAAGUUUAAGAUCCACACCUACUCCAGCCCGACCUUCUGUGACCACUGUGGUUCUCUCCUCUAUGGCCUCAUACACCAGGGCAUGAGAUGUGACCACUGUAUGAUGAACAUCCAUAAGCGCUGUGUGGCCAAUGUGCCAAGCCUGUGUGGGACAGACCAUACUGAGAGGAGAGGUCGCAUCCAGAUCACAGCUGAGGUCAAGACUAAUGUACUCACUGUUACCAUCAAAGAGGCUAGGAAUCUGGUUCCCAUGGACCCCAAUGGUCUCUCAGACCCCUAUGUGAAGCUUAAACUGAUUCCAGAUCCCCGCAGCGAGAGUAAACAGAAGACCAAGACCAUAAAGUGCUGCCUCAACCCCACCUGGAAUGAGACCUUUAAAUUCCACCUGAAGGAGUAUGAUAAGGACCGCCGUCUGUCGGUCGAGGUGUGGGACUGGGACCUGACCAGCCGCAACGACUUCAUGGGAUCACUGUCGUUCGGCAUCUCGGAGCUCCAGAAGCAAGGAGUGGAUGGAUGGUUUAAGCUGCUCUCCCAGGAGGAAGGCGAGUACUUCAAUGUUCCUGUUGCUCCGGAGGGGGAGGAGGGCAAUGAGGAGCUACGGCAGAAAUUUGAGAGAGCUAAGAUUGGUCCAGGCAAGAACACAGAAGGCAAGUCGGCCAAUGCUGCAUCCCGCUUCGACUCCAAUGGCAACCAAGAUCGCAUGAAGCUGUCUGACUUUAACUUCCUGAUGGUGUUGGGAAAGGGCAGCUUCGGCAAGGUGAUGCUGGCAGAGCGUAAAGGAACAGACGAUCUGUACGCUAUAAAGAUCCUGAAGAAGGACGUUGUGAUUCAGGAUGAUGACGUGGAGUGCACCAUGGUGGAGAAGAGAGUGUUAGCGCUGGCUGGAAAGCCCCCGUUCUUAACACAGCUGCACUCCACCUUCCAGACUAUGGACCGUUUGUAUUUUGUCAUGGAGUACAUAAACGGUGGAGAUCUCAUGUAUCAGAUUCAGCAAGUCGGCAAGUUCAAAGAGCCCCAUGCUGUAUUCUAUGCUGCAGAGAUAGCCAUUGGUCUGUUCUUCCUACAUCAAAAGGGCAUCAUCUACAGAGACCUGAAGCUGGACAAUGUGAUGCUGGACUGCGAGGGCCACAUUAAGAUAGCAGACUUUGGUAUGUGUAAAGAAAAUAUGAAUGAUGGAGUCACCACCAAGACCUUCUGUGGAACACCAGACUACAUAGCUCCUGAGAUCAUAGCCUACCAACCUUAUGGUAAAUCCGUGGACUGGUGGGCCUUUGGAGUAUUGCUGUAUGAGAUGCUCGCUGGACAGCCUCCAUUUGAUGGUGAGGAUGAGGAUGAGUUGUUCCAGUCCAUCAUGGAGCAUCACGUCUCUUAUCCCAAGUCAAUGUCUAAGGAGGCUGUCGCUAUCUGUAAAGGGCUGAUGACGAAGCAUCCAGCGAAACGACUGGGCUGUGGUCCGGAGGGGGAGAGAGAUAUCAGGGAGCACAGCUUCUUCCGCUACAUGGACUGGGAGAAACUGGAGAACAAGGAGGUGCAGCCGCCAUUCAAACCCAGAGCCUGUGGACGGGAUGCCGAGAACUUUGACCGUUUUUUCACACGCCACCCACCAGUGCUGACCCCUCCCGAUGAGGAAGUGAUUCAGAACCUGGACCAGGACGAGUUCCAGGGAUUCUCCUUUAUCAACCCAGAGUUCCCAGGAACUGCUGCUACCACCCCUGCUGCCGAACAGGCUUGAUUUCAGCUCAUGCACGGACACAUGGACACACUCACAUAAACACAUACAAAAUCAUUUCUGUACCUUGGAAUAUACACGUACACACUUACAGUUAUAUCAACUUAAAAUGUCCCAGAAAUUGUUUGUGCUGUCACAGUCCUUGAGAAGCCACAACAAAAACAGACACACACAUAUAGGUUAAUACGUAAUACACAUACAUUUGUUGUUCACACUGUUGCAACCCGGGCGCUGCCCUGGCCUCAUCUUGGGGUCGAUCUGCAGCAUAAGAGAAAAUAAUUUUAAAGUUUGAAAUUUUGGAAAAUGUACAAUACAUUUACUUUGAUACCACUCUCUAGCUCUCUAUCUUAGCAUAAAGACUGGAAACAGCCAGUCUGGCUCUGUCCAAAGGUAACAAAAUUUGCCUAUUAGCACCUCUAAAGAUCAUUUUCAAUCAUUUCUUUAAUCCAUACAAAAAUUGAAGUGUAAAAAUGACAAUUCACUAUUUUACAGGGGACCUAUGUGGCGUAGUCUCCACUCGUUGCAUUUUCUAUUUAUUUUUAUGUUCCAGUUUUUGUACAGAUUAAAUAUAUAACGUAAACAUAUAACGUAUUAAUUACUGGACUUUGGUCCAGUGCCGGGCUGGCUGUUUCCCCAUUUCCAGUCUUUGUGCUAAGCUAAGUUAGCUAGCUGCUGGUGGUGGCUUCAAGUUAGCAACAUAUAACAGACAGUACCACAUGAGCUUCUUGUGAACAUUGCUUUUGCGAAGUCUACUGCUAAAAGCCAAUGUAUUUAAAUAUUGUGCAUGAAGCUAGAUAACAUUUCAAGGGAAACAAGAAGCAUGACAACCAGAUUCACCACAAGUUUGUUGAAUCUUUUUGUGAUUUUCAACCUGUGUUACUCAGAGUGUGAACAAAGUGUUUGUGUUUAUUUUAUGUAAUCAAAAUCAGAAUAAGAAAUUCACAGUGACCCUUAACAGCUCAUAAAAUGUCAAAUUUACAAUGAGCAACAAAAAUGUUUGGAUUUUUUGCAUCGUUGAGGAGUAAUUACACCGACACAAAUGCAGUAAAUUUACAACCUAAUUACACAAGUCAUAGUUUCUCCAGAAUACACAAAUACACAAAUGCAUAAUUUCAGAUGUAACAUAGCUUCAGCUUGUGAUUUAACUUCUUUUUUUCAUUCUUUGGCUAUUCCAGCACAUUUUGAGUUAGGCCUGUUAUUCUGAUGUGCUUUUUAUUCAAUGUACAAUAAUAAUAAUAAUAAUAAUAAUAGUGUCUGUUUAUCCUUAUCUUAGCUAAAACUGGAAUGCUUGACAUACUGUGCAUGAGUUUCUAUAUGAAUAAUAGCCAAGGACUUUGUCUUCCAACCACAUUUUAGCAUCUUACCAUCCAUUUUGUGGCUCCUUUUCAUGGUUUUCAAAAGUAUUAAAAAAACAUUGGAGUAUUGUUUUACUAAAUGAGACAAACAUUGUAAGAUCAGAUUUGUGCCACAAAUAUCAGAUCUUCUCUGUGUGUAUUUGCUGAUCAUGAUGGUAAAAUGUUGUUGGGAAACGUAGUCUUUAUAUGGGCUUUGAGUCACUUAAAUAGAUAGAAAAUACUACUACUUACUCUGAUUUUCUGUUAUCUACUAUUUAAGCAAUGAAAGAGACUAGCAGUUAGUUUCUUUGUGUUUUACAAAAGCAUGAUUCCAAUACCUGGGCCUUUGUUUACAGUGUGUGCGUGUGAAUGUGUGUAUGUGAGAGAGAGAGAGAGAGAGAGUGAUUGCGUGCACAUGUAUGUUUUAUAUGUGUGUGAACGAGCACUGUGUAUGAAAAUGCACUUUUGCAUUUGCAUUUGUGUGUGUGUGUGUGUGUGUGUGUGUGUGUGUCCAUACCUGCCCUCCCAGCACGUCGCCUGGCCUUGUGUUUACAUUUGUUUGUGUGGUGAAUGUCAGCAGCCCCUCCUUUAUAUCAAGCAGUAUUGGUAUGAUCCACUUUACUUCCAACUAGCUGCUCCACAACUGGCAGAGAAGAAAAGAAAAGAAAAAAAGGUGUCUUUCUGUAGGGAUGCAUUGAGAUUGAAACAUUUGGGAAAUACUGCUUCAGUAAAUGUCAGUAAUUCAUUCAUAACACCAACCAGUCUUAAAUCUUGAAUCUUGAAUCAGCAUUGAUGUUCAGUAUUGAAAACUCCACCCUGAUGGUGUCUGGAAAGCAGGUUAUAAUUGGAAUUCAGGUUAAGUACCUGAGCAUCUCAAAAAGUUCCCAGGCCUGGGGAAAGUUUCUGUGGUAGGAAAAAAGACCACAAGCAGGAACAGAUCAGCUGACCAGUAUAUCAUGCAGCCCUACUUUUCUGAUCUAGUUUUUUUGUUUAUGUGGGAAAGGAUUUGAGGCUCAACACACUGUGACUGGUCUUUUUCAAGUAGCCUUCAGUAUGCACAAUAACGAUUCCAUCCUAACUACAGCAGCAGUAAAUGUGGACACAGGUUAAAGCUGAGCUUUCUGCAGCAGAAAAAUACUGUGUGUUUGUGUUUGUCUUUUGUUUUCCAUAGUUAGCAAUAAUCAUGUUGACAGCAAGGAAGUAUUGGUACUGGACCAACUGUCAGAAGACUCAGGAUAGGACUGUAAUUGACUUACAUACAAAGGCUAUGAUGUUAUGAAGCUUAUUGGUAGGCAUAUUUAUCUGAGCCAGAGAGAGAGAGAGCUGGCUGUACUUGAGUGCUGUACUGUGUGCAGGCUAACAUUGUCUGGAAGUGCCUGAAGUCCUUCCUCAUAUCACACUCCUCUUCAUCACAGAGGGACAUCAGGGGAGUGUGUUUCUGCAAAGUGGGCACCUGAGCAUUCAGGUUCACUGCUGUUUAUCAAUAGUAGCGACAUGAAGUUUUAUAGCAGUGAUUAAUUGAAGUUUACUACAUGUAUAAGCAGAUGAAGAAGUCAGCUUUGUUCAUUUUUCUAGUACAGUAAGAAUUUGAGGUCUUCCUGGGUCCUUUUGGUUCUGAGGACCCAAAACCUGGGAUCUGAGUCAAACCACAUCCAAAUUAUACUCAGUCCAGUCAACUCAGAUAGGUUGUCAUGUUACUUCCACAGGUCUCAGAUCUGUCAGUAUGGAUCUGAGCAUACAAUCGGCCCUGAUCAUGUGGAAAGAAUAUUCUCUGAAAUCAGUUACAUUAGUUAAAGAUUUACGCUGUUAAAUGACAGUUUGAUUCACAGAUAUUAGAUUCUGUCUGUCUUUUGCCCUGUUGGCUCCAGGAUGUUUUAUUGUUGGUACAAGAUGUGGCUUGGUUUCUAUAAAUUAGUCUUUGAAGCAUAGAAGCAAAUCAUUUUUGAAAUGAGUUCCUGUGAGUUUAUUCAUUAUUACGACGAUAUUCUUAUAUUGCUGCUCUUUUCGACUGCUUGUUCACUGACAGCACAUUAUUCUGCUGCCACUGUUGGUGUUCUCUCUCUGUUUGGGUCAACCACAGUUUGGAUAUUUUGGAUCAGGUCUGACUGUGCUUGGAUCAUAUCUCUGCUAAAAAGUUAAUUUAGGCAUUUCGAUUUUUAUUAGGUUUACCACGGAUCUGUUUCAGAUCAGGUUUGCCAUUUUGGAACUGUGAGGAGGAUCAUCAUCUUAUCAUCUUAUAUGUACUUAUUUAACUUGAACAAAUGACGGUUGUCUGUCAAGCUGAAAGGCAUGGGUGUCACUGUAGUUUCAGGACAUUGUCAUGAAGAUAGUUACUGAUAUCUAAAGUAAAAUACUGAAUCGAAAUGUAAUGGUUAUUUCAGGACUGCUACACUGGUGUUGCAGUCCUCUGUUUGGCUCAAAGAUCUAAUUUCCAAUACACAGUGAAAAAUGUCGUCUACAAUUAGAGUAAAAAAACAUGGAGGAAUUGAAGGUGACGAUAUUUGCAGAAUGCCUUUGAUUCUUGCUGUGGCCUCGUCAUUGAUCUGGUCUCUGUUAAUCGAUGGAACAAAAGUCAUAAGUAACAUCUGGAUAAGGUUGGUCCUGUCUUUGAUCUCUAGUCUUAAACGAUAAACUGCUGAUGAGUUCAGCAGCUGAAGUGCAGUUUUAGUGCUUUCACAUUUCGGUCACAGUUAUGAGUGUGAAAGAAAAUGCAACUGUUCUGUUUUUAUGGCUUGACAACAUAAAGCUUAAUCCACGUCCAUUAUUUGUGUUGUACCUCCAUUGUCGGUAUUUAUUACAUUCAGUGUCUCCUGUACUAUAACAAAAACAAAUACACCUAUAUAUACCUAUACAUAAACAUAUAUAACUGUGUCAAAUGUUGAUAUAUGCAUAUAUUAUACACCAUGUGAUCAGUAUUGUAAAGGACAAGAGGAAUAUAAGUCUUACUGCAGGAUUUGUGUUUUUGUUUCCAUGAGUCCUUCCUGCUGAAGGAGAAGCAAAAUGAAAUCUGCAUGAAAAAUGCUUUUGUUUUACCUUUUUAUUAUUUAGGAUUUAUAUACAUUUAACAUAUUAGGGUGAUCCAUGUUUUCUGUGUCAGCAGUGCUUCAAAGAAGUGAUCCAAGCUACUGUUGUGUGCGCUAUGUGUGAAAAUAAUGAAAUAUAUCUAAAGAAAAAAGGAAAAAAUGCUUCUCACAAUGCUUUCCAUGUGCCAAAAUUUUAUUUAGUUUUUUGUUUUCGUUUUCCAGGAAAAACAGGCAUAUCUAAAAUAAAGGAUUUAAAAGAUA